CUUUUUUCUAUUUUCAUGAACAAUGAAAUGAAUGCUACCUACAUUUUUCUGGAUGGGUAUGUGGAAAUGAGCAAAUACAAAUAUGCUUACUUUUUUCUGAUGUUCUCUGCCUACAUCCUAAUCAUAUGCAGUAAUUUGACUAUCGUGUACCUCAUCUGGGCUAACAAAAACCUCCAUGAACCAAUGUAUGUCUUCAUUGCUGCUUUGCUGGUGAAUUGUGUCUUUUACAGUAGCACCACUUACCCGAAGCUUUUGAUUGACCUCUUGUCCGAAAAGCAGAGAAUAACCUACGAAGCCUGCCUUCUUCAGUUUUAUUUCUUUUACUUCGUGGGUCCGGCAGAGUUCUUUCUGCUAGCGGUCAUGUCUUAUGAUCGGUACGUGUCUAUAUGCAAGCCCCUGCUUUAUCCAACAAUUAUGACAAACACCACGGUCACCGUUUUCCUGGUUUUCUCCUGGUUUGUUCCUGCUUGUCACGCAUCAAUUCCACUAAUAAUGCUCAGCAGCACCAAAGUUAAACUCUGUAGCUUUAACAUCAGAGGGAUAUUUUGUAACAACGCAGUCUACACGCUUCAGUGCGUGAUGCCGAGAUCUCUCGCUAUAUUCGGUGUGUUUGCCAUUCUAGAUAUUGUAAUACUUCCUAUACUUUUCAUCCUGUUCUCCUACACAAAGAUCCUGAUCAUUUCUUACAGAAGCAGCAAAGAGGUCAGGAGGAAAGCGGCCGAGACCUGCCUGCCCCACUUGUUGGUGUUGUUCAGCCUGACUUUGUUGAGCAUAUACGACAUAUGCAUUGUGCGCGUGGAAUCGGACUUUUCAAAAACGGCGCGUUUAAUCAUGACGCUGCAAAUUGUUCUGUAUCACCCUUUGUUUAAUCCGUUUAUAUACGGGUUCAAAAUGAAGGAAAUUUACAAACAUCUGAAGCGGUUGUUCUGGCAGGCAAAAGUUGUCUUGAGUAAAAAUCAGCAGUGA